UUAAACAAUAAAAAUUACACUAAAGCAAAGUAGUAAAGUAGUAUUCAUAAUGUUGUCCGUCUGAUUCUGGGCAAGUAAAGAAUAGUGGUUUGUUCGCAGUAAAUUUUGAUUAAUGGAAUAUUGAUUUAUUGUAUCGAAUUAACAACAGCUUGAAAAUGAGAUUCAAAGGAGUUCCGUUUACGGUUUUCACAAUUUUGUCUCUGGUCGACGCCUACAGGUUACCUCAAAAUGUAAUGCCCGAAAAUUACCGGUUGGAGAUAGUGACGCCGUUCGGUGAACCUGGAAAUUUUGUUUUCGAGGGAAAAGUUUGGAUUCAGACAUCAUGUGUUACACCAACAAGCAACAUCACCCUCCACUCCAAGUCACUAGAAAUUGCCGAAAACGAAAUUACCCUUAAAGAUAUCACCAGUAAAGCAACAAAGGAAAUCAAAGAUCUCAAAAUCUCUUAUGAUAAAGAAAACGAUUUUAUUAUUGUUUUAUUAGACAAACCUCUAACAGAGGAUCAUCGUUAUGAACUUUAUAUCCCGUUUAAGGGAAAACUUGACGAUGGACUAGCAGGUUUCUAUAGAAGUAGCUAUGUAGAUAGCAAAACUAAAGAAAAGAAAUGGUUGGGAGUGACGCAAUUUGAAGCGAUCAGUGCCCGCAGAGCUUUCCCAUGCUUUGACGAACCAGAAAUGAAAGCUACUUUUGAUAUAAGUUUAGCUAGAAAAGAUGGCUAUAACAGUAUUAGUAAUAUGCCUUUAUUAAUGACUGAACCUAUGAAAGAAAAACCAGGUUGGUAUUGGGAUCGUUUUGAUAUUUCAGUCCCAAUGUCCACAUAUUUAGUAGCCUAUGUGGUAUCUGAUUUUGACUAUAAAGAAGCUGAUCAUAGCGAAAGUAACGUUACUUUUAGAAUUUGGAGCAGAAAAGAUGCUUUAGCACAGGUUGACUUUGCUAAAGAAGUAGGACCAAAAGCUUUAAGAUUCUUCGAAAAAUUCUUCAAUAUUGAUUAUCCUUUACCCAAACAAGACAUGAUUGCGAUACCAGAUUUUAGUGCUGGGGCAAUGGAAAAUUGGGGGCUGAUCACUUACAGAGAAUCUUAUUUAUUGUACGAUCCAAAAGUUUCAACGAAAGCUAGUCAGCACAGCGUCGCUUCGGUGAUUGCUCACGAAUUGGCUCACCAAUGGUUUGGUAAUUUGGUAACAAUGAAAUGGUGGACGGAUCUUUGGUUAAAUGAAGGUUUUGCUACCUACAUGGCAAGUGUAUGCGUCGAUCACUUGUUUCCACAAUGGAAUUCUCUACAAGAAGAAGGAGCAGCAGAUUUGCUGCUCGUAUUUUCUUUUGAUGGUUUAAGAUCAAGUCAUCCAGUGUCUGUACCGAUUGGAGACCCGAAAGAAAUUGACGAAAUUUUUGAUACUAUCUCUUACAAGAAAGGUUCUUCUUUGUUGAGGAUGAUGAGUCUGUUUUUGGGCGAAGAAACUUUGAGGAGUGGAGUAAGCAACUAUUUAAGGGAACAUAGAUACCACAAUGCAGAACAAGAUGAUUUAUGGAACUUCCUCACAAAAGCCGCCCACAAGAAAGAGACAUUACCUGAAAAAUUAACUUUGAAGACUAUCAUGGAUACUUGGACACUUCAAACUGGAUAUCCUGUCAUCAAUGUAGAAAGGGACUAUGAAAAUGGAACAGCCGAAGUCACUCAAGAAAGAUUCUUGAGAGACACAAUCAAACUCAAAACCGACGGCCAUCCUUGUUGGUGGGUACCUUUGAGCUACUCCACAAAAUCUCAUCCUCAAUUCAAUGUUACAACUCCAAAGUAUUGGUUAACCUGCGACGAUAAUAGUGGCCAAUUAAUCAAAGAUUUAGCUUCUGAAAAUGAAUGGGUUUUAUUCAAUAAUAAAAUGGCCAGUAUCUACAGGGUAAACUACGACUACAAAAACUGGCACUUACUUAGUGAAGCACUCAAAUCAGAUUUCAAACAAAUUCCAAUUCUGAACAGGGUACAAUUGAUAGCUGACGCUGCCGAUUUGAGUUACAUUGGUUCCCAAGAGUACAAUGUUUUCUUUGAAAUUUUGAAUUAUUUGAAACAAGAAACUGAAUAUUUGCCUUGGAAGACUGCAAUAGAAAAAGCUGAUACUUUGAAUCGUCAUUUGAGAUCGAAUUCGAAUUAUGGAUUUUUUAAGAAUUAUAUGAGAUCUCUCAUUGCUCCUAUGUAUGAAAAAAUGGCUGGCUUGGUGAUGUCUCACGAUGAAGAGUUUGAUAAAUUGGACAAGAUUAAAUUUCAAGUCAUGAUAGCUAGCAGAAGUUGUAAAUAUGGAGUUGAAAAAUGUAUUGAAGAUUCCAAAAGUUUGUUUAAAAAAUGGCAAGAGGCACCCAAUGAUCCAAAUCCCAUACCAAAAGAUCUAGCUGGAGUAAUCUAUUGCACAGCCCUGAAAUACGGCGGUGAAAACGAAUGGAAUUUCCUGUGGCACAAAUACAAACAGUCAAAUGUAGCAACUGAAAAGAGUAAUUUAUUAAACAUUUUGGGUUGUACCAGAGAAAUUUGGCUUUUAAAUAGGUAUCUUGAAUGGUCACUGGAUGAUACUAAAAUUAGAAGGCAAGAUUCAAGCUCAGUAUUCAAUUCGGUAGCUAUGAAUGAUGUUGGCUAUUUCCUUGCCAAGCAGUUCUUCUAUAAAAAUAUUAAACAAAUUAUGAAACAUAGUUCUCCCAACAAAAGAAAGAUCAGUCGAUAUCUAACAUCGCUCUCAGGCCACAUGCAAGAAGCUACAGAUCUUGAAGAGUUGGAACAUUUCAUUCAUGAAAACAAAAAGGACUUUUCGGAGUUGAAACAGGGCGUUGAACAAACCUUGGAAACAGUCAAAGUACAGACACAAUGGCAGAAGAGGCAUAGUAAAGAAUUGCACGAAAUCUUGCAAAAAUAUUCAAAAGUAUGAAGAAAAUCAACAAUUAAAUCAAUAGGAAAUGUUUUUAUUUAUUUUUUAAAAUUUGCAAUAUACAGAUAAUAUACAGAUCUGACCUUUAUUUUUUACAGUAUUUAUAUUUAUAUAGUUUUUUUUUUUGUUUUGUGUGUGUGUAUGGAUUUAAUUUAAUUAAACUUUGUUUUUUUAAAUAUAAUUUAUAUCUAUGUACAACUAUGUACUUAAAAAAUAUUUAUUUAAUGAUUUUAUUUUAUACAUAUAAAUGUUUGCGAAGAGAUUUCUAGAAUUCUUACAUCUAACAAGUGACUAUGUACAUACAUUUAUAUUAAUAAAUAUUAUCUGUACACACCUUUUUUGUUUUAUUCAAUAUAUUUUUUUUUUACGAAUCCUUACACCUACGAGUACACAAACAAUAUUUUUUGCAAUUACUAUGGGGUAUUUCAUUUUGCACUAGUUGGGAAAUGAAUAAAUACACCUUCUACACCAUUAAUAUAUAAGAAAAUGUAUUUAACUGAUUCCCAAUACCCAAAAAAAAUUCAAAAGGAAAAAACAUUUUUACAUCUAAUAUCACGAAUUUUAACGAACCUAUCCUAAUUUGUUUAAUACUGGUCUUAUUUUUGAAAUCACAAACUGGGAGGCGAAGCGCCAUAUAUUAAUUAUUUUAGCCGACUGUAAAACCCUACCUAAAUAGUUAAUUUUACUUUCUAAUAUUUUGACAGUUUUUUUUUUUGGAGUAUACAUAAGUGCAUUUAUUAAAUUUUUAAGCUCUAAAUUAUCUUAUUCUGUCAAUAAAUUAGAAAUAGUAUUUGCUUUUAUAUUAAUUUACGUAAAGCGAGUUUUAAGUGCCCCAUACAUACAUGUAAUUUGGAUAAGUAUUCUUGAACAAAUUUUUUUAUACUGUUUGAUAAAAAUUAUUUUUAUUAAAUUUCUAUAACAAAACAAAAUUACGUAUUUUGUGUUUUUAUAAUCACACUUUAGCACUUGACUACUCUCAUUGCAAUUAAUUAAUUUCUAAAAGCGUGAAAAUGUACAAAAUUUGAACACUUUUCAGUACUUAUUUGGUUUUAUUUGUGAAUAAAUUUGGAAGGUCUGUAAUAUCUCUUUAAGUUGGAAAAUGAAUAAUUUUAAGGAUAAAACUAGAGAAACUUGAAACUCCAUUUAGUUUAGUAAUAAAUUACAUGUAGUGCUUAUAUGUUUUUUUUUUUUGUUGAAACGUUAGCAUCACAAAAAGAUAUAUUAUCAAACUUCCAAAACAAACUAUGUAAUAAAAAUUUUACCAUUCUCUCCAGUAUACAGGGGCCAGGAAAAAAGUUUAACCCCAAAAUAACCAUGACAGCUGAAAUAAGACCUUGAACAAAUGGUAUUUGGCAUAAACACUUUUUACUGGACUUGUAUUAUUUAUAGACAACAAAUUUUAAUAUCUGAAGCAUACUAUGGUUAGGGCAAUAUAAUUUUAUUUAUCUCGGAAGAAGUAUUUGAGGUACACCGGUACUUUGUUCUAAAGCUGACUAUAUUUCAAUAAAGCCAUCUGUUUCAAAAUCUAAAUACUAAUUUACCUAAAAUUUAAGGAAAAUAUUCAAAAAAAAAAAACAUUUACAUACACCAAACGCAUACAUUAAAUAUAGAUGAUGAGUUAAUACAUAUUUUCAGUCCUAAAGGACAAGCUAUAAACACAAGACAAAUAAUACAGUAGAAUAGAAAAAUAUCUAUAUUUAAAGCUAGACAAAUAAAUAACUAAUAAUACCAGACUAAUGUCAAAUGGAAACCAAAAAAGACAGAUUUAUAAAAAAUUAGGCAACUCAUUAAUCUGUCUAUUUAUUAACUAAUUAACAAAACAAAACCCAAAACAUGAUUAGUAUUUUUAAAGAAAUUUCAACAUGAUUUCUGUAAGUAAGUACCACAUAAUUCUUUUAUUUGGCACACAUCAAAGUUCAAAUAUGGUAAAUAAUGACUGAAAAUGUAUUAAUUUUUUUUGUGAGUAAUGAAAUACUACAAAUAUAAUCAGUCAACUUACAUUACUGGACACAUACACCGAAACUUUUUCUUUUGGCAACCAACACCUAUUUUGACAAAAAAAUUUAUACCAAACACAACCGAUAAGAAAAAAAAAAUACAUAUAACAAACUAAUCUAUAGACCCAGACUUACUAUUCAACUUUCGAGUAGAACAGCAGAUAAGGAGUGUUAGUGCUAUCGUGCCUCCUAUUUAACAUAUCAGUGAAUUCUUUGUUUGAUAAUAUUUUAACUUUUUCGUCGUCAAAUUCCAGCCAAUCGUCGUUGUGGCUUUGCGAACCCAAGUUUAGCUUGCACCUGAUGCCACAACAAUGUAGGCUUUGAC